GUUACAAAGUAAUCACACUACUGUAACUAACGCGUCACGCCUCCAUUCACUUCCAGCUGUUGCACAGUGAACUAAGGGGCGUAGUGGCUGUGGCGCGCUCUCUAUCUAUAUGCUCCAUCUUCCACCCUCAACCUUUGGCACAAGAUUAGGUGGAUCAAGUUUUAGUGCGCUAAACUUUGUGGCCCGUCUGCCUCUCCAGAAUUAACCAUGGCGCUUCAAGCGAGAGCUCUGGUCACCUCUAAGUGGCUCGCGGAGGCUAUAAAGGUUCAGGACAAAAUGCGCAUCUUGGACACUUCUUGGUUUUUGCCCAAACUGCGGCGCAACACCAAGAGCGAGUUCAAGCAGAGGCACAUCCCGGGCGCAGCUUUCUUUGACAUAGACCAGUGCUGCGACAAAACGUCUCCUCUGGACCACAUGCUGCCGUCUGAGAAGUUUUUUGCAGAUUAUGUCGGUAAUCUGGGAAUAGAGCGUGACACGCAUGUAGUGGUGUACGACGCCAGCGAGUUCGGCGCGUUCUCGGCGCCCCGUGUGUGGUGGAUGUUCCGGGUGUUCGGGCACAGCGCGGUCUCGCUGCUCGACGGGGGACUCAGGAACUGGGAGCUGGAGGGGCGACCGGUGAGUGACAAGUACGUCAGACCAGCACCGUCCGAUUUUAAGGCCUCCCUGAACCGCUCCUGGAUCAAGACCUACGAGGAUAUCCUGGAUAACCUGGAAACCAAAAAGUUCCAGGUGGUGGACGCCAGGCCCGCAGGCAGGUUCAAAGGAUUGGACCCUGAACCCAGAGACAACACAGAACCAGGCCACAUCCCCGGCUCCAUCAACAUGCCCUUCCACUCCUUCCUGUCCCCGUCGGGUCACUUCCUGUCCAAGGAGCAACUCCAGGCUCUGUUCACCCGAGCUGGCGUGGACCUCAGCCGUCCUAUUUGUGUCUCGUGUGGCUCGGCCGUGACUGCGUGUAACGUGGCACUGGCAACCCACGAGUGCGGGCACCCGGGGGUGUCGGUGUACGACGGCGGGUGGUCGGAGUGGUACACCCGCGCCGUGCCCGAGCAUGUUUUAUCUGAAGGACGGGGGAAACACGUGUGAUCGGUUAAGGAUAGCAGGGGUUGUAGUUGAUGGGUAAAGACUGGUUGACUGGAAAACACUGGAUGUUCUUUAAUUGUUUGAAUGUGGUAAAGUUUAAAGGAAUAGUCUGACAUUUUUGGAAAUAGCUUUUGAUUUUACUGCGUGUUUGCUUUCUUGGCAAGAGGCAGAUGACAAGAUUGAUACCACUCAGGUGUGGUUGCUAAAUAUGGAGCUACAGCCAGCCGACAGUUAGCUUAGCAUAGCUUAGGUUAGCAUAAAGACUGGAAACAGGAAAACAGCAAGCCUCUGUUUAAUUUUUUUGCACAUAAUGUCUUUUUUUUUUACUGUGCACACAAAGAACCGUAAAAUCGACAAGUGGUGGUCAGAGCCAGCUUAGCUGUUUUUGCUUGCCCCCAGCUUUUAUGCUAAGCUAAGCUAACCGCCUGCUGGUUGUAGCUUCCUAUUUAGUCUACAGAUAUGAGAGCUAUAUCAGAAAAGCUGACAAGCAAAUUUCCCCAAAUGUCAAACUAUUCCUUUAAACUUCUCUUUUAACGCCUUUUGGAAACAAUGUGUAAUCCAAACAUACAUCACUAAGAGACUUUUUUUUUUCACUCCAAACACAUGAAUAGAUGACUUGACUAAAGAGCCAGCAAUAAGUGAACACUAAACCUGAUGACUGUUUGAUCAGUGAUGCUACAAGAGCUUUGUUUACAUCUGUAAUGCUUGUGUUGGUAAUAAAAUAGAGCUGCGCUUUGAAUCACAAAGA